AUGAAACCAGGUCCGGUAGAUCUACUAAUUGGAGCCGACCUGUACCCUCAUAUUUAUGAUGGCAGAAAAAUCAUUCUCGAUGAAAAUUGGCCAAUAGCGCUGAGCAGCAUUUAUGGAUGGGUCAUGACGGGCAAAUUUAGCGCCCCGCAUGACGCAACACGCAUAGCAGCAGUGACAACCUCAGAAUCAGCACCAAUCACUGCUUUGCUGUCCAUCAAUUCAGAAUCAAUUGAAACUUGCCUUCGACGACAUUGGGAGAUAGAGGAGCCCCCGUCAAGGCCACUGAAAAGUCCGAAUGACCUCUUAGCUGAAGAACUUUUCACGGAAAAACACUCAAUAGACAGCGAUGGUAGAUAUUCAGUCCCUAUGCUUCUCACCGAAAAAAAGAUGAAUCUUGGGGAUUCUUAUCAUCUUGCAAAAAAUCGACUGAUCAAAUUAGAGCAUCGAUUAAAUGGAAACCCAGACUUCAGAAACGCGUACAAAGACUUCAUGAAGGAAUAUGAGGAGCUCGGGCAUAUGAAACAAGUAGAUAAUGAUUCGAUAGGUCAGGGCAAAUAUUAUAUCCCCCACCAUUGGAUAUGGAAACAAACCAGCACAAGCUCAAAAAUGCGGGUGGUUUUUGAUGCUUCAAUGAAAACUACGUCUGGCAAAGCAUUAAAUGAUGUGGUUCUGAAGGGAGAAAAACUACAGACAGACAUAAUUCAAGUGUUAACUCUAUUCAGAUUUCCGCGGUAUGUUUUCACAGCAGACGUUUGCAAAAUGUAUCGUCAGAUUUUAGUUAAUCAAGAGGAUCGGCCAUAUCAGCGAAUAUUAUGGCGCGAAGAUCCAUCUCAGCCCAUCAAAGAAUAUGAACUGCAAACAGUUACAUAUGGAGUAACAUCCUCUCCUUAUGUAUGUCUGCGCACCAUGCGCCAGCACGGCGAAAAUACUGGCGAAAAAUAUCCCGUAGCCAAAGAAAUUCCCACAAAAAAGGUUUUCGUCGAUGACAUUUUGGCCGGAGCAGAUUCUAUUCAAGAGACAAAACACGCAAGAGAUGAAAUAAUCGAAUGCGCCGGUGAAUGCAACAUGGAGGUGAAAAAGUGGUCAAGCAAUGACCCAGAAAUAUUGGAGGACUUGCCGGAGUCCAAUCUCAAAACUCCAGUAGAAUUUUCAGAUGCAGACAGUUCCGAAUCGCUUCUCGGAUUACAAUGGCAGCCAAACAGCAAUAUAUUCUCAUUCAAGGUUGAGAAAAUCACACCGGUGUACACAAAAAGAGGUAUUGCCUCAGUUGUCGCCCAAAUCUUUGACCCACUUGGCCUGAUAUCACCAAUUAUGCUAAAAGGCAAGCAAUUCCUUCAACAACUGUGGUUAUUAGGCAUAGAUUGGGACGAAGCGGUGCCCCUCGAGCUUCAAGCACAGUGGAAAAAGUACACCGAAGAACUCAUCAAAAUUUCCGAGAUCCGUAUUCCGCGUCAUGUGUCUCUGAUCGAUGAAGUAAAAUUUGAUCUUGUCGGUUUUAGCGACGCCAGUAAAUUAGGAUACAGCGGCAAUGUGUAUCUGAGGGUCGAAAGCAGCUCCGGUGAGGUCAAAACCAGCCUUUUAAUGGCGAAAACUAAGGUGGCACCGCUCAAACCAGUGAGCGUCCCCAGGCUGGAGUUGCAGGGGGCGGCGCUAUUACCAGAGCUACUAGAUGCUGCUCACUACAUAUGUUCAAUGGCUCAUCCAAUCAGGAAGGUGUUCGCCUAUUCAGACUCCACAGUCGUCUUAUCAUGGCUCCAAACUCCUCCCUACCGGCUCAAAGUAUUCGUCGCCAAUCGAGUUACUCGAAUUUUAGAAGUAUUAACACCUCAACAUUGGGGGCAUGUCAAGUCUGAGGAUAAUCCGAGCGAUCUGGCCAGCCGAGGCUGCAUGCCAGAUAGAUUGGCCGACAACAGUUUAUGGUGGCAUGGACCAAAAUGGUUGCAAGAGCCAGAAGAGAAAUGGCCGAAGUUGAGUCCAUUUGACCCAGAAAGCAAAGCAGAAAUCAUCGACAAACUACCGGACAUCGUCACGCUGGUACAAAACAAACAAGAAUCAUGGGAGGAAACUUUCUUAAAAUCUUUUUCAGAAUUUGUUCCUCUGCUCAGAACCACCGCAUGGAUGUUGAGAUUUAGCCAUAAUGCCCGGCAUCCUACCAAGAAAAGAACUAUGGACAGAUUUCCAGCACGGAGCUCCAAGAGGCCCGGCACUGGUGGAUAA